GCCCCGGGGGCGGAUUCUUUCUCCUGCUGAUUCUUGUUACAGGCGGCGGCGGGAUCCCGGGACUUGCAGAUUAAAAAGUGAAAAUGACUUCAAACCCUACAUCUCCAGGUACUUCUCCUUCUGACAGUUCCUCCAUAUCUCCUCAGUCUCCAACCAGGACCCUUCAUCUGCCAAGAACAAGAGACCGUUCUCCAUCUCCUAUGAGAGGAUACCUCAUCCCCAGCCCUCUCCCCACGAGACGAACAAGGACAUUUUCUGCAACUGUACGUGCUGCUGAGGGACCUGUGUAUAAAGGAGUCUGCAAAAGUUUUUCACGUUCCAAAGGUCACGGAUUUAUAACCCCAGAAGAUGGAGGACCAGAUAUCUUCUUGCAUAUUUCUGAGUAGGUGUUGGGAUUAUUGAAAGACUAUUUAACUACAAUAUUAAGGUAUUUCCUUUGAAAGAUAGUAGUUCCAUAUCUCCAUUUCAGAGGUCUGUGGUUAUAAAUAUCGGUAAAAUAUGCCUACUAUAAUGCUUUUACCCAUAGAAUAUUGUGGAGGAAACUUAUAGGCAAAAAAGUAUAUUAAUUACCAGCCCAAUGCACUGAACUAAUGCUAAAAAAAAGUGGCCCUUUAAGUGAAGUGUUGCAGUUUAAGGGCAGAGACACACGUUGUUAUUUUGAGAGUCACCCAGCGACAAAUCGCUUCUUCUUCCAGGGGACUAAUCUCACCAAACUGCUUUCUCGCCGGCUAGAAUGUAAAUUGCCGGAGGGAUGGCACUCAGAACACUUAAGGUGGCCAUACACAGGCCGAUAAAAGCUGCCGACAGACCGUGCCGGCAGUUUAUUGGCCCGUGUAUGGGGCCCCCCGACGGGCUUCCCCGAUCGAGAUCUGGCUGAAAGUCGGCCAGAUCUCGAUCGGAUGGGACGAAAAAUCCCGUCGGAUCGCGGCCGCAUCUAUUCGUUGAUGCGGUCCCACGAUCCGACCGCCCAUUACUAUUCGUUAGGAUCCGAUCGUUGGGCCCUAGGGAGAGAUCCUCUCGUUUAGCGACAUCGCCAAACGAGCGGAUCUCUCCGUGUAUGGCCACCUUUAGUUUUCCUAAUUUGCCUGGUAUUGCUUCACGAGGAAACUUCGGGCGACUUCGGAAAGCUGAAGCGAUCAGAGUGCCAUCCCGCCGGCGAAUUGUAUUCUAGCCAACGUGAUGGCAGUUCGGGGAGAUUAGUCGCCCAAAGAAGAAGCAAUUUGUCGAUGGGCGACUAAUCUCCCGAAAUAUCAGCGUGUCUGUGCCCUUAAAGUAAGAAAUGUGGCUAAUUAGUGUGCAGGGGGCAUUCAUAUUCUCCUGUAUUUCUAUCCUACAACCAGGGAAACUAAAUGGCUGUGUUUUUGUCUCCCUCUCUCUCUCUUUUGGUGUUUGCUCGGAAAGCUCCUUAAGCUUUGCUGCUGCUUUUGUCUUAUAGAAACAUUCCUAAACUUUGUGGGGAUUAUCACUGCAACAGGGCCAAUAGUGGAAAAUUCUCAGUGUGAAAAGAUAAUCGGACAAAUCCAGCAGUUGAAAUUGCUUUCCCAAUUUUUUGCACCUGUAGAAAGGACUCCGAUAUAAUAAGGAUGAAUCAAAUUGCAAGAUCAGCAGCUUUCCAUAAUUUGGCUCUCCAUAACUUAAAGGGGACCUGUCUGCAAAAAAUAAUUGAUACAUUAAAAAUUGUUAGGCGAUUGUUUUGUCACCAAUGUAGAUUGAUGCAGCCUAGUUCGGAUCUAGUACAAGGCACUGUUUUUUCAUUAGAGAGAAGGAAGAGAUCAUUUUUAAUUUUGCUUAACAGGUUUCCAGAUAGAGGAUACCUGUAGCUACAGAUGUGUGAUAAUAUUUUUCCUUGGGAGGUAGAUAAUUAGAUUACCAGUAUACAAACCCCUUUCUUCACUCCUCAUUGUGACUGUUCUGUUAGCAGGACCAAAACGUAGAGUAGCUUCAAUUCCUCUUUUCCCCAAUUUUUUUCCCAUAGUUUAGCACAAGCCUCAUUGGCUGGCUUGUCUUGGCUCCUUCUGUUCUCUGCACUAUUGGUUCUGCCACCUGAAACAAUGUAGCAAAAGCCUUUUUGAGACUAAUAUUAGCAAUGAAAGGUCUCAAAUUGUCACAGCGAACACUGGUCUAGGCCACAAACCAUGAAAUGACAUCACUGGGGAUGAAAAGGCAACAGGUGCCAGAUUUUACAGAAUAAUGUUACAGAAUUCUGUUGAAAUUAUGUUUUGCCCAUUGUAAUUUCUUAUAAAAAAUAAAUUUCUUAUUUUUUGCCAUUAUAAAACACAUUUAACAGUUGGGCUGUGUUUAGUGUGUUCAGCAUAAUCCCUAUUCAUUCAGCUAAUGUAAUGAGUGUAUACUGUCCCUUCAAAUAAAAAGGAAAGCUACGGAGGCAUUUUAUUGCCAAUAGAUUAGCUGCAAUAGUGCAAGCUAUAUUUGUUCUGUAGAAUGUUUCACCAUACCUGAGUAAAAAGCUCUAGAAACUCUGUUUGUUUAGGAUAGCAGCUGCAGUACUAGCUUGGUGUGACAUCACUUACUGCCUCACUUAUAGCUCUGGGCUCAGAUUACAUCAAAGAAUGGGGGGGGGAGAGGAGCCAACUGAGCAUGCUCACGCCCAGGGCAAGGAAGUUUAAACUGAAAACAGGAAGUCUGAUACAGAAGCCCAUGUGUACACAAUAGAAGGAGGACUCAGAGCAGCAUUACUGUGAGGGUUUACUGAUGUAUUUAUAUAGACCUUUCUGAUGAGGCUUAUUUAAUUUUAACCUUUCCUUCUCCUUUAAGAUACCCCAUGCUCUCCAUUAUUAAAAUUGGAAUAUUAUGUGUAAAGAAUCCAUGUGAGGCUUUAUUAUAUGCUCCCUUAGUACAGCUCUGUCCUGCGCCAACUCAUCAAACCUGUGAAUCCUGAGGUUCAAUGAUCAUUUAAACUUGUGCCGCAUGUGAAGCCAGGUUACUGCCUCUCAGUGAGGUUCCAUUAUGUAUUACAGCUGCUUGUAGAACGAUUAGCCUGCAGGCAAGUGAUACUUACUUUGUGUCUCCUGUUACAUAUUGUAUCUUGUUCCCAACAAUGAAACCUUCCUGACCGUU